AUGAUCAAUAAUUGGAUGGCUGUGUUGGAAGCUACAACCUUGCUCUUCACUUCUCUCCACUACCAUCGGUUUGAGUCCCAAGGAAAAUAUAACGAGGCACUUUGCCAUAUUAACGGGCAUAUUACCUCCAAACAGGCCGAGCCUCCUACUUGUAUAAUGGCAAGCCUGAGUGAAAUGGAUCAGCUCGCUUCUCUCGCCGGUCUCUUGGCCGUUGUUCUUCUCCGUUUCUUAUAUGUACACCUUCACAAACGACGACACCAGACAUCUCCAUCCGCUAAGCCUCCGGCAUCUCUGGAUGAGGAAACCCAACCUCUCAUUGCCCCUUCUCUUCCAACUCGAACGUCUUUGUCUUGUAAGGGAAAGACUGUCUGCCACUUGGCAGUUAUUGGUUAUAUGGUUGUCACGAUCUUUGCAGGGAACCAGAGCACUGAGUCAAAAUCGACUGAAGUUGCCGUUGCGACAAUCAAGGAAUUUGGAGGCCCGGUGCUCAAAGACAGCAGAUUUGUUCUCGGAAGAGGGGGUAUGGUCGCGAAUGCGCUAAUCAUCUUGGCAAGGAUCUGGUUCUACAAGUCGGAUGCUUUUCUUCGAGAGCUGCAGGCAGAUGCAGUCACGCUCGUUGCUAUUCCGUAUGUCAUGGAGGUUCUGGGGACUCCGGUUGCCCAAUUCCCAGAGAGGCGAUUCGUAGAUUUUUUGGCGCCAGCUUUUGGAGCUCUAUGUUUUUUCGCUGCCAAGGACUGACUGUCCCCAUUCACAAAGACUGUGGAUAUUGGGGAUGAACUUGUGGGAUUGUUCAUUGUAUGUAUGAUCAUCAGUUUGUUACAUAUACAUCUGCUCUACAGAGGAC